AUGGCUGCAGCCAAUAGAGCUGAACUCGAAGCACUGGAAGCAUCAUUACAACAAUUCCGUGUGAACGAGCUUCAUAUUCUGCUGUCGUCAUUCAAGUGUCCGAAAUUAGGAAAAAAAACAGAACUUGUACAACGGUGCAUUAAUUUGCUACAAAACGCUCGUAAUCAAGCUGCAGUAGUACAGAAGAUUCGCGAAAUUAGUUCCAGUCGACGUUAUAGUGCGUCAAGUGCACCUUCGGUACCCAUAUAUAAUCAUAUGGAUGGUAACGGUGUCAUGAACGGUUACAAUCCUGUAAUGACAUUAUCAUCAGCACUGAUGCAACAACAGUAUAUCAGUGCUCAUAAUCCAUUUUCAUCACAAAUGGUUCAGACUAGAAGUCUGAACAUUGCUGAUUUACCAUUUUAUGAUAAACAACAAACUUUACUUGAACUUUCUGAAUUACCGGCAAAUAUAUCGGGUAUUCGGUCUACGUCUCGUUUUGCAAUUACAUUUGCUAUCCCACCGAACAUUAUGCCACAAAUUGCUUACAGAAAUGAAUCUAUCGUCUUACCCCGUACUGAGCUACAACUACGAUUUUUUUUGUUGGAUCAUUCCGCUGAACAACACGAUGAUUUCCCACCCAACUGCAAUGCAAAGAUAGACGAUGUUCCGGUCACUCUCCCGAAUAUUAUUCCAACGAAUAAACCAUAUGCGGAACCAAAAAGGCCGAGUCGUCCGGUGAACAUAACCCCUUACUGUCAACCACCACGCGAUGCAAUGCGGCCGCAUCGAUUGGUGAUAGAGUGGUCUGCAGAUGAACGUUCUUGGGCAGUCGGUAUUUAUGUCGUGAAAAGACUUACCUCCGAGAUAUUGCUUCAACGUCUACUGGCUAAUCUAUCUACUCAUCGUGAUGCUGAAGAAACAAGACGUAUGAUUAGAAAUCGUUUGUCUAGCGACGAUGAUGCAAUACAAAUGGAAACGUUGAGAAUAUCUUUAUUGUGCCCUCUUGGAAAAACGCGAAUGCUAAUACCGGUUAAGGCAUAUGAUUGUACACACUUACAGUGUUUCGAUUUAUCAAAUUUUUUGAAGAUGAAUGAAAAACGACCAACUUGGAAGUGUGCCGUUUGUAAUAAUGGUGCACCUUACAAAAAAUUAAUUAUUGAUGACUAUUUUGAAAGAGUUCUGAAAGAUACAACUUCGAGCAUCACAGAAGUUGAAUUGUUGCAUGAUGGUAGUUGGCGCCCAAUUGAUGAGGAGGAUAAAUCUGUUUCGGAUAACGAGGAAGAUAUAAACCCUUCGAACAAUUCGAAAAGUCAUCCUGAAAAUGCUAAGAGCAAUGUACUACACAAUAGUAACCGAAUAAGUGCAGUUGUAGAUGAUGAUGUCAUAAUUCUAGACAGUGACGAUGAUGAGGAGAUUCUACAACAACUGCCAUCGCAAAGUUCUAUGAGCAGAACUCAAGGGCGGAACGUCAUCACUCCUUCGGUUGUAUGCAUCGAUCUUGAUGACAGUGAUCCAGUGGACUUAUCACCGCACACAUGUCAGACAUCUUCCAUACCCUCCCCACCGUUAUCGUUCAGCAGUAAUACAUUAGUGGCCGCGUCCACAUCCUCGGCAUCAGCAGCUGGCACAGCAGCAGCAGUAGUUGGAGGUUCUACUCAGGUGAGUGCGACUCGUUCUAUCAUGCGCCGCCUACAGCGACAGCAAUCGCGGCAUCCGAAUCAGUCGAUGCCAUAUUUUACAAAUCCUGCGAUAUCAUUGGUACCACCACCACCUGAUACUGUAGUAACAGGUACUAGUAAUGCCGAUUACUUCCAUUCUUUCGAACAAUCGUAUCCUUAUUAUCAACAAGACUUUACUACCCGUUUAAUUGUUGAAGAACUACGACAGUUUAUGGCAAAUAUCCAGCAGUCAACAAAUACACCCAAUUUUCCUGGAUACUCAUCGUAG